GGUUUAAGGCCCCAAAGCAACCGCUGAAGUGCUUCAAUUAUCCAUAAACAAAGCAAAGUAUUUUAUUUUACAAACAAGUUCUAUAUGUUUCCAAAAUUACCCCAAAGUCACCCACCGGGCCUCAGUUUUAAAGUCAUCAAUUCCUUCCUAGGCACCGGAGAUCUACAGCGCGCACGCCAGUUGAUUGAUGAAAUUCCCCAACCAGACCUUCGAUCAUGGACCCGUUUGAUUUCAGCUUAUACGCAGCAUGGGUUCCCAAAAGAAGCCAUAAAGAUUUACAGUACAUUGAAAUUGAGGAACAUCAGGCCGGAUAAUAUUCUAAUUUUGUCGGUUGCUAAGGCGUGUGCCUUGGCUAGUGAUCUUGUUAAAGCUAAAGAGGUUCAUGAGGAUGCGAUCCGUUUUGGGUUUCAGUCGGAUACCUUGUUGAGUAAUGCGUUGAUUGAUAUGUAUGCGAAAUGUAGGAACGUUGAUGGGGCGAGGCAGGUUUUUGAUGAUAUAUGUGUUAAGAACGUGGUUUCAUGGACUUCGAUGUGUUCUUCUUAUAUGAAUUGUGGGCUACUGAGGCAAGGGUUGGAGGCUUUUCGUGAGAUGGGUUUAAAUGGGGUAAGGCCUAACUCAGUGACAGUUUCUUCAGUUCUACCUGCUUGCUCUGAAUUGAGGGAUGUGAAUUUGGGAAGACAAAUGCAUGGGUUUGUCAUAAGGAAUGGAAUGGAAAGUAAUGCUUUUGUGAGUAGUGCGCUUGUGAAUAUGUAUGCCAGUUGCAUAAGAAUCAGGGAAGCUGAGGUGGUCUUUAGUAACAUGUCUCAACGAGAUGUUGUGUCUUGGAAUGGGAUAUUAACCGCAUGUUUCUUGAAUGAGGAAUUUGAGAAGGGUCUUGCUUUGUUUUAUCAAAUGAGAAAUGAAGGUGUGAAACCAAAUACUUCCUCAUGGAAUGUGGUGAUUGUUGGGUGCACACAAAAUGGAAGAAAUGAAUUAGCUCUUGAGUUACUUGGACACAUGCAAGAUGCAGGGUUGAAACCCAAUCAAAUCACUGUUAUUAGUGUCCUACCUGCUUGUACAAAUUUGGAAAGCUUAAAGGGAGGCAAAGAGAUUCAUGCUUUUGUCUGUAGGAACUGGUUAAUUGAGGAUUUAAAAGUCACAACGGCCCUGAUUUUCAUGUAUGCUAAGUGUGGUAACUUGGAAUUGUCAGAGAGAGUUUUCAGUUUGAUGCCAAUUAAAGAUACAGUUGCUUGGAACACAAUGAUCAUUGCAAACUCAAUGCAUGGGAAUGGGAAACAAUCAUUGUUCCUCUUCCGUGAAAUGUUGGAUGCUGGGAUCAGGCCAGACUCUUUUACUUUUAUUGGUGUGCUGUCUGGCUGUAGCCAUUCAUGUCUUGUUGAUGAAGCUUCUUUGAUUUUUAAUUCAAUGAGUAGAGAUCACUCAGUUGAACCUGAUGCAGAGCACUUCUCUUGCAUGGUUGAUGUCCUUAGUCGUGCUGGCCAUUUAGAAGAGGCAUAUGAAUUCAUACAGAGAAUGCCCAAAGAACCAACUGCUGGUGCUUGGGGAGCAUUGCUUGGUGCUUGUAGAGUAUAUAAAAAUGUUGAGCUGGGAAGGAAGGCAGCUUCACGGUUGUUUGAGAUUGAACCAGACAACCCUGGAAAUUAUGUAUUGUUGUAUAAUAUUUUUGUUGCUGCCAAACUCUGGGGUGAAGCUUCAGAAACGAGAAAAAUGAUGAGAGAUAGGAACGUCCUGAAGACACAGGGCUGUAGUUGGGUCCAAGUGAGAAAUAAAGUUUACACUUUUGUUGUUGGUGAUAGGAAUAGUAUGCAAAAUUGUGAACUUUACAGAUUUUUGGAUGAAAUGAGUGAGAAAAUGAGGUUAGCAGGUUAUAUGCCCAACACUGAAUUUGUUUUGCAAGAUGUGAUUGAGGAAGAGAAGGAGGAUAUUCUUUGCAACCACAGUGAGAAGCUUGCAGUUGCUUUUGCAAUACUCAAUGUAAAUGGGGAAUCAUCGAUUCGAGUGUUUAAGAACUUGAGGAUAUGUGGGGACUGUCAUCAUACCAUCAAGUUCAUCGCCAAAGUUGUUGGGUUGCAGAUCAUUGUCAGAGAUUCCUUGAGAUUUCACCAUUUUAGCAAUGGUUAUUGUUCUUGUCGUGACUUUUGGUGAAAAUUUGUUGUAUAUCAAAAGUAAAUUUUGGAGCAGUUGGAUGAAAUGACUGUGGUUGGGGCAUCACACGAUAAUCUCUUCUCUAUCCUGGUUUUAGACAUCAUUUUCUCUGGUGCUUCUGUAAUCUACUCAAUGUUAUGCCAUUUUUCACCUGACUUCAGGCAAAAGAGCUAGCGGGUCAAUUGUGGAGGCAUGUAGAGAUCAAUCCAGUGUUAAGUGGAAUUUGUGGGCACCUUUUAAGAUAAAUGAUUGAUUCAGGUCUUGAUCAGAAUUGGGUUGAUUCGGAUGGGGUUCAUUACUUCCAUCUGAGGAUGAGGAGGAGGAUUCCCUUGCAGAAAAUAUUGAUCAUGUAACAAAGCGAUUUUGAGAGCAAAGGCAAAGGAUGGAAUCACUUUUUUCAAAGGCUGAAAAUUGGAGAUGAAGCUUACCAUUUUCACAACUUGCCAUAAACAUUUGCAAGUGAGGGCCUACUGUGAGUGAAAUCCUAGAUGAGAGAUAUUCCAAAUUGAGCCAGUCUUCAAUUCUGUGCUGCAAGCAAUCUCACCAAAGAUCAGAAGAACCAACUUUCCAAUAUGGAAAUCACAAGUAUUGUUCACAAUCGGAGCUCAUGAUCUUGAAGAUCAUUGGACUGAUCUUCAAAUUUGUUUGCUGGUGAUUAGUGAUGCAACGUUGGUGUUGUUGAUAGUAAGGACAUAUGUGAUACCGAUGGCCAAGUUUAUUGAAAACUUGAAACUAAAACAAUAUGAAUGUUUAUUUGGUUUCAUGUUGCAAUGUGAUAACUAUGUAUUAAUAUAUAUGACAGUGAUUUGUUCCAUUUUGUCUAACAAAUUGUAAAAAUAUCCCUACAAAAUGCUUUUUUAAACCAUCCAAAAACUAAACAAUAUUUAAGAUUGUUGUUA